GCUCCGAGAUCGCGAGUCAGCCCGGACGCCGAGGCUUCUUUCCCCUUCGCCCUUUUCGCUCGCGGUUUGGGAGGAGGAGACAGCUAGAGAAAAGCGAGAGGGGGCGACGAGAGAGGGGCUUGGCUGUGCGUCGGCGUCGGCCGUGAUGGGGAGCUGGGAGCAGCGAGGCGGCGAGCAGUAGCGGCGGCGGGGCGGCGGCGGCGGCACGGAGCAGACAGGAGAGCCGGCACUGCUCCCGGCAGGCUGCGCUGUGAUCUGGGCUUCGGAUUGGGAACUCGCGCCCCGUCCCCCUCCUCCCGCUGCUGCUCUCCUCCUCCCGGCUCCCCUCCUCCGCCAGCGAGCCCCCCGAACGCCUAGCGCCUCUGCCCGCGGCUCCAGUCCCAGAGCGCGCGCGGCGGGCACUGCGGCGGCGGCGGCGGCGGCCGGGUGGCCGGCUCGCUCUGGGCUGGAGCGCUCGGAGCGGAAGACCACGGAGGCAGCGCCUAGUGGAGCCGUGGAUCGCCGGCGCAGGCAAGGGAUGGAGGUAUGAUACGAUGGAUAUAACUAUGGGAUACUGUGUGGGUACACGGCCUCCUCCUUCUUGCCUCAUUCUCCUGCUUCUCAAGCUUUUGGCCACAGUCUCCCAGGGGCUUCCGGGGACUGGGCCCCUGGGCUUCCACUUCACACACUCCGUUUACAAUGCUACCGUGUAUGAGAACUCAGCAGCAAGGACCUACGUCCACAGCCAGGGUAGAAUGGGCAUCACCUUAAUAGAUCUGUCCUGGGAUGUCAAAUACAGAAUUGUAUCUGGAGACGAGGAAGGCUUCUUCAAAGCAGAGGAAGUCAUCAUUGCAGACUUCUGUUUCCUCAGAAUAAGAACUAAAGGUGGCAAUUCGGCCAUAUUGAAUAGGGAAAUUCAGGACAAUUAUUUAUUGAUAGUAAAAGGUUCUGUCAGAGGAGAGGAUCUGGAAGCAUGGACCAAAGUGAACAUACAGGUUUUAGAUAUGAACGAUCUGCGACCUUUGUUUUCACCCACAACAUACUCUGUUACAAUCGCAGAAAGCACACCUUUAAGGACUAGCGUUGCCCAGGUGACAGCAACAGAUGCCGAUAUCGGCUCCAAUGGAGAAUUCUACUACUACUUUAAAAACAAAGUUGAUCUCUUUUCAGUUCACCCCACAAGUGGCGUCAUCUCUUUAAGCGGGCGGUUAAAUUAUGACGAAAAGAAUAGGUAUGACCUGGAAAUUUUGGCUGUGGACCGGGGGAUGAAGCUCUACGGAAACAACGGAGUGAGCAGUACUGCAAAGCUUUAUGUUCACAUUGAACGUAUAAAUGAACACGCCCCAACUAUCCACGUGGUCACUCACGUUCCUUCCUCACUGGACAGAGAGCCGACAUACGCUGUGGUGACAGUCGAUGACCUUGAUGAAGGGGCCAAUGGAGAGAUUGAGUCUGUUUCCAUUGUCGCUGGGGAUCCUUUAGAUCAGUUCUUCCUGGCUAAGGAAGGCAAGUGGAUGAAUGAGUACAAGAUUAAGGAGAGAAAGAAGGUUGACUGGGAGAGCUUUCCUUAUGGCUACAAUCUCACUCUUCAAGCAAAAGAUAAGGGGUCACCUCAGAAAUUUUCAGCAGUAAGGAUAGUCCACAUUGCCAACCCCCAAAGAGACAGUGUCCCAGUUAGAUUUGAAAAAGAAAUGUAUGAUGUGAGCAUUAGUGAAUUUUCCCCUCCUGGUGUUGUGGUUGCUAUAGUAAAAUUAAGUCCCGAACCGCUAGAUGUGGAAUACAAAUUAUCUCCUGGUGAGGAUGCACAGUACUUCAAAAUUAAUCCUCGGUCAGGUCUGAUUGUCACAGCACAGCCACUGAAUACUGUUAAGAAGGAGGUUUAUAAACUGGACGUGACAAACAAGGAAGGAGAUUUAAAAGCACAAGUUACCAUCGGCAUAGAAGAUGCGAAUGACCACACCCCAGAAUUUCAGCAGCCGCUGUAUGAUGCUUUUGUGAAUGAAAGUGUUCCGGUGGGCACAAGCGUUCUGAUGGUUUCAGCUUCUGAUAAGGAUAAAGGGGAAAAUGGGUACAUCACCUACAGUAUUGCCAGUCUUAAUCUGUUACCAUUUGCCAUUAACCAGUUUACAGGUGUUAUUAGCACAACUGAAGAAUUGGAUUUUGAAUCCUCUCCAGAAACUUACAGGUUCAUCGUAAGAGCCUCUGACUGGGGUUCGCCAUACCGCCAUGAAAGUGAAGUCAAUGUGACUAUUCGAAUAGGAAAUGUCAAUGACAACAGCCCUCUUUUUGAAAAAGUGGCUUGCCAGGGAGUUAUUUCCUAUGACUUCCCAGUUGGGGGUCACAUCACAGCUGUCUCAGCAAUUGAUAUUGAUGAACUUGAACUUGUAAAGUACAAAAUCAUCUCCGGAAAUGAACUUGGUUUCUUUUAUUUAAACCCAGACUCUGGUGUUUUACAGCUUAAAAAGUCACUGAUGAAUUCUGGCAUCAAAAAUGGUAAUUUUGCCCUCAGGAUUACAGCAACCGAUGGGGAGAAUUUUGCGGACCCCAUGUCUGUUAAUAUUUCAGUCCUGCAUGGGAAGGUGUCUUCAAAGAGCUUCAGUUGCCGAGAAACUCGUGUGGCUCAGAAGCUGGCAGAGAAGCUACUCAUUAAGGCAAAAGCAAAUGGGAAACUGAAUCUGGAAGAUGGAUUUCUCGACUUUUAUUCAGUUAAUAGGCAAGGGCCACAUUUUGACAAGUCAUUUCCUUCUGACGUGGCGGUGAAGGAGAAUCUGCCCGUUGGUGCUAACAUCCUGAAGAUCAAAGCCUAUGAUGCCGACUCUGGCUUUAAUGGAAAGGUGCUAUUCACAAUAUCUGAUGGGAAUACGGAUAGUUGUUUUAAUAUCGAUAUGGAGACUGGGCAACUUAAAGUCCUUCUGCCUAUGGACCGAGAACACACAGACCUCUAUCUCCUUAAUAUCACCAUCUACGAUUUAGGUAAUCCACAAAAAUCUUCGUGGAGGUUGCUGACCAUCAAUGUGGAGGAUGCUAAUGACAAUAGCCCAGUCUUUCUUCAGGACAGCUACUCAGUUAACAUUCUUGAAAGUUCAAGUAUUGGUACUGAGAUUAUUCAGGUGGAAGCCAGAGACAAAGACUUGGGUUCUAAUGGUGAAGUGACUUAUUCAGUCUUGACAGAUACUCAGCAGUUUGCUAUCAACAGCUCAACUGGAAUCAUUUAUGUAGCCGACCAAUUGGACCGGGAAUCUAAAGCAAACUACUCCUUAAAAAUAGAAGCUAGAGACAAGGCAGAAAGUGGCCAGCAGCUGUUUUCGGUUGUCACUCUUAAGGUUUUUUUGGAUGAUGUCAAUGACUGUUCCCCGGCUUUCAUUCCCAGUAGCUAUAGUGUGAAGGUUCUUGAAGAUCUCCCUGUUGGCACUGUCAUUGCUUGGCUGGAGACCCAUGAUCCAGAUCUUGGGCUAGGGGGUCAAGUGCGCUAUUCUUUGGUCAAUGACUAUAAUGGGAGAUUUGAAAUAGAUAAAGCCAGUGGUGCCAUUCGCUUGAGCAAAGAGCUGGACUAUGAAAAGCAGCAGUUCUACAACCUCACGGUUCGGGCCAAAGACAAAGGACGACCGGUCUCUCUGUCAUCUGUUUCCUUUGUUGAGGUGGAGGUGGUGGAUGUCAACGAAAACCUCCAUACUCCCUACUUCCCAGACUUUGCUGUCGUUGGAUCUGUAAAAGAAAACUCACGCAUUGGAACAAGCGUACUGCAGGUGGCUGCCCAAGAUGAGGACUCUGGGAGGGAUGGAGAGAUCCAGUACUCCAUCAGGGAUGGCAGUGGUCUUGGAAGGUUCAAUAUAGAUGACGAGAGUGGAGUCAUCUCUACAGCAGACAUUCUUGAUCGAGAGACAACAGGGUCAUACUGGCUGACCGUGUAUGCCACAGAUCGGGGCGUGGUUCCACUUUAUUCCACCAUUGAGGUCUACAUUGAAAUUGAAGAUGUGAAUGACAAUGCCCCACUGACCUCAGAACCUAUCUAUUAUCCUGUUGUCAUGGAAAAUUCUCCAAAGGAUGUAUCUGUCAUUCAGAUCCAAGCUGAGGAUCCAGACUCCAGUUCCAACGAGAAACUGACAUACAGGAUUACAAGUGGGAAUCCCCAGAAUUUUUUUGCCAUCAAUACCAAAACAGGUCUGAUUACAACAACUUCAAGGAAAUUGGAUCGAGAACAGCAGGCAGAACAUUUUCUGGAGGUGACUGUGACAGAUGGCGGUUCCUCUCCAAAACAGUCCACCAUUUGGGUGGUGGUUCAGGUUUUGGAUGAAAAUGAUAAUAAGCCCCAGUUCCCAGAGAAGGUCUACCAGAUCAAGCUGCCAGAACGUGAUCGAAAGAAGAGGGGAGAACCCAUUUACAGGGCUUUUGCGUUUGAUAGAGAUGAGGGCCCCAAUGCAGAAAUCUCCUACAGUAUCGUGGAUGGGAAUGAUGAUGGAAAGUUUUUUAUUGACCCUAAAACUGGCAUGGUUUCUUCCAGAAAGCAGUUUACAGCAGGGAGUUAUGACAUCCUAACGAUAAAGGCAGUGGACAAUGGGCGCCCACAGAAAUCCUCCACGGCCCGCCUCCACAUUGAAUGGAUUAAGAAACCACCCCCUUCACCUAUACCACUGACUUUUGAUGAGCCGUUUUAUAACUUCACAGUAAUGGAAAGCGAUAGAGUCACCGAGAUUGUGGGGGUGGUGUCUGUGCAGCCAGCUAACACCCCUCUGUGGUUUGACAUAGUUGGUGGCAAGCAUGCUCGAGAGAUGUUCUAUAUUCUACAGACAGCUUGUGGGCAGAACUGUUCAACAGAAGGGGGGAAUUUUGACAGCUCUUUUGACGCAGAGAAGGGUGUUGGGACCAUUGUCAUUGCCAAACCUUUGGAUGCGGAGCAGAGGUCCAUCUAUAAUAUGAGUGUGGAAGUCACCGAUGGGACAAAUGUUGCUGUCACUCAGGUAUUUAUCAAAGUGCUGGAUAAUAAUGAUAAUGGCCCAGAAUUCUCUCAGCCGAAUUACGAUGUGACAAUUUCCGAGGACGUGCUUCCAGAUACAGAGAUAUUGCAGAUUGAAGCCACCGAUAGAGACGAGAAACACAAGCUGAGCUACACUGUCCACAGCAGCAUCGACUCUGUCAGUAUGAGAAAAUUCCGGAUUGACCCCAGCACCGGUGUGCUCUACACGGCCGAGAGGCUGGACCAUGAGGCCCAGGACAAGCACAUCCUCAACAUAAUGGUCAGAGAUCAGGAGUUUCCUUAUCGAAGAAACUUGGCCCGAGUCAUUGUGAAUGUGGAAGAUGCUAAUGAUCACAGUCCUUAUUUUACCAACCCACUGUAUGAAGCAUCUGUAUUUGAAUCGGCUGCUCUGGGAUCAGCUGUUCUGCAGGUGACGGCUCUGGACAAAGACAAAGGGGAAAAUGCAGAACUCAUAUAUACCAUAGAAGCAGGGAACACUGGGAACACAUUUAAGAUUGAACCAGUCCUGGGCAUCAUCACCGUUUCCAAAGAACCAGACAUGACAACGACGGGCCAGUUUGUACUGUCGGUCAAAGUCACAGAUCAGGGUUCCCCACCAAUGUCUGCCACUGCAAUUGUGCGCAUUUCCGUUACCAUGUCUGAUAAUUCUCACCCCAAGUUCACUCACAAAGACUACCAAGCAGAAGUAAAUGAAAAUGUUGAUAUUGGAACGUCAGUCAUUUUAAUCUCUGCCAUCAGUCAGUCUACCCUCAUUUAUGAAGUCAAAGAUGGAAACAUCGAUGGGAUCUUUACCAUAAAUCCGUAUUCUGGAGUCAUCACCACCCGGAAGGCACUGGAUUACGAGCGUACUUCCUCUUAUCAGCUCAUCAUUCAGGCCACUAACAUGGCAGGAAUGGCUUCCAAUGCCACAGUCAAUAUUCAGAUUGUUGAUGAAAAUGAUAAUGCCCCAGUGUUUCUCUUUUCUCAAUAUUCAGGCAGCCUAAGUGAGGCUGCCCCAGUCAAUAGCAUCGUCAGGAGCUUGGAUAACAGCCCACUGGUGAUUCGAGCCACCGAUGCUGACAGCAACCGGAAUGCUCUGCUGGUAUAUCAAAUUGUGGAGUCCACGGCCAAGAAGUUCUUCACAGUGGAUUCCAGUACAGGUGCAAUCAGAACAAUUGCCAACCUGGACCAUGAAACUAUUGCCCAUUUCCAUUUUCAUGUGCAUGUGAGAGACAGUGGCAGCCCCCAGCUGACUGCAGAGAGUCCUGUUGAAGUCAACAUAGAGGUGACAGAUGUGAACGAUAACCCGCCUGUUUUUACUCAGGCUGUGUUUGAGACCAUCUUACUUCUACCCACCUAUGUUGGAGUAGAGGUUCUGAAAGUUAGUGCCACAGAUCCUGACUCCGAGGUGCCCCCUGAACUGACAUAUAGCCUAAUGGAAGGCAGCUUGGAUCAUUUUCUAAUUGACUCCAACAGUGGAGUACUCACCAUAAAAAACAACAACCUCUCCAAAGAUCACUACAUGUUGAUAGUUAAAGUAUCUGAUGGAAAGUUCUACAGUACGGCCGUGGUCACCAUCUUGGUUAAAGAAGCCAUGGAUAGUGGCCUCCACUUUACACAAAGCUUUUACUCGACCUCGAUCUCAGAGAACAACACUAACAUAACCAAAGUUGCUAUUGUCAAUGCCAUUGGAAAUCGCCUUAAUGAGCCCUUAAAAUAUAGCAUCCUAAACCCAGGAAAUAAGUUCAAGAUAAAAUCUACCUCAGGGGUCAUUCAGACCACCGGAGUCCCCUUUGACCGUGAAGAACAAGAGUUAUAUGAGCUGGUGGUGGAAGCCAGCCGCGAGCUAGACCAUCUGCGUGUGGCUAGAGUGGUGGUGAGGGUUAACAUUGAAGACAUAAAUGAUAAUUCCCCAGUCUUUGUGGGCCUCCCUUACUAUGCUGCUGUGCAAGUUGAUGCUGAGCCUGGGACUCUGAUUUACCAGGUGACAGCCAUUGACAAAGAUAAAGGUGCAAAUGGAGAAGUGACCUAUGUCCUACAGGAUGACUAUGGCCACUUUGAGAUCAACCCUAAUUCAGGGAAUGUUAUUUUAAAAGAAGCAUUCAACUCUGACUUGUCUAACAUUGAGUAUGGAGUCACCAUCCUAGCCAAAGAUGGUGGAAAACCCUCUUUAUCCACAUCUGUGGAACUUCCCAUCACAAUCGUCAACAAAGCAAUGCCUGUGUUUGAUAAGCCCUUUUAUACAGCAUCGAUCAACGAAGACAUCAGAAUGGAUACCCCCAUUCUAAGCAUCAAUGCCACCAGUCCAGAAGGCCAAGGCAUCAUAUAUAUCAUUAUUGAUGGGGAUCUUUACAAACAGUUUAACAUUGACUUUGACACCGGGGUCCUGAAAGUUGUUAGUCCUUUGGAUUAUGAAAUUACAUCUGUUUACAGGUUGACGGUAAGAGCCAGUGAUGCCCUUACUGGUGCCAGGGCUGAAGUCACCGUUGACUUGCUGGUUAAUGAUGUAAAUGACAACCCCCCUAUUUUCGAUCAACCCACAUAUAAUACAACAUUAUCAGAAGCAUCUCUCAUUGGAACACCUGUUUUGCAAGUUGUCUCUACUGAUGCAGACUCGGAAAAUAAUAAAUUGGUACAUUAUCAGAUUGUCCAGGACACUUACAACAGCACAGAUUAUUUUCACAUAGACAGCGCAAGUGGCUUAAUCCUGACAGCACGGAUGCUGGACCAUGAGUUAGUGCAACACUGCACUUUGAAAGUCAGAGCAACAGAUAAUGGCUUCCCAUCACUGAGCAGUGAGGUCCUGGUUCAUAUCUAUAUCUCAGACAUAAAUGACAACCCUCCCGUUUUUAAUCAGCUCAUUUAUGAAUCAUACGUGAGUGAAUUAGCCCCCCGGGGCCAUUUUGUAACCUGUGUUCAAGCCUCUGAUGCAGACAGCUCUGAUUUUGACCGCUUGGAGUAUAGCAUUUUAUCUGGGAAUGACCGGACGAGCUUUCUGAUGGAUGGCAAGAGUGGCGUCAUCACACUGUCCAACCACCGGAAACAGAGAAUGGAGCCUCUGUACAGUCUCAACGUGUCAGUGUCUGAUGGGUUGUUCACUAGCACUGCACAGGUGCAUAUCAGGGUACUUGGGGCUAACCUGUACAGCCCUGCCUUUUCCCAAAGCACCUACGUAGCUGAAGUGAGAGAGAACGCAGCCGCUGGGACAAAGGUGAUUCAUGUUCGAGCUACGGACGGGGAUCCAGGGACAUAUGGACAGAUCACUUAUGCCAUCAUCAAUGACUUUGCUAAGGAUCGAUUCCUCAUAGACAGCAAUGGACAAGUCAUCACAACAGAAAGGCUUGACCGGGAGAACCCUCUGGAAGGAGACAUUAGUAUUUUUUUGAGGGCCCUUGAUGGUGGAGGGAGAACGACUUUUUGCACUGUGAGAGUGAUUGUUGUGGAUGAAAAUGACAAUGCUCCCCAGUUCAUGACAGUGGAAUACAGAGCCAGCGUCAGGGCAGACGUUGGAAGGGGCCAUUUGGUCACUCAGGUUCAAGCCAUGGAUCCAGAUGACGGCGCUAAUUCACGGAUUACCUAUUCUCUAUAUAGCGAGGCCUCAGUGUCGGUGGCUGACCUCCUAGAAAUCGAUCCUGACAAUGGCUGGAUGGUCACUAAGGGCAAUUUUAACCAGCUGAAAAACACAGUGCUGUCAUUCUUUGUCAAAGCAGUAGAUGGGGGCAUUCCAGUAAAGCACUCCCUCAUUCCUGUCUAUAUCCACGUCCUGCCCCCUGAAACAUUCUUGCCUUCAUUCACCCAGUCUCAGUAUUCUUUUACUGUUUCAGAAGAUACAGCCAUUGGGAGCACGGUGGAUACGCUGCGAAUUUUGCCCAGUCACAGUGUCAGAUUCAGCACAGUUAAUGGGGAACGGCUAGAAAAUAACAAAGGGGGUGUCUUUGUCAUAGAGCAGGAAACAGGCACAAUCAAGCUUGACAAACGCCUUGAUCAUGAAGUCAGCCCAGCGUUCCACUUUAAGGUAGCAGCCACCAUACCCCUGGACAAGGUAGACAUUGUGUUUACUGUAGAUGUAGAUAUCAAGGUACUGGAUUUGAAUGACAACAAACCAGUCUUUGAAACUUCCAGCUAUGAGACGAUCAUAAUGGAAGGGAUGCCUGUCGGCACCAAACUCACACAGGUGAGAGCCAUCGACAUGGAUUGGGGAGCCAAUGGGCAGGUCACUUACUCCCUGCACUCGGAUUCCCAGCCUGAAAAGGUAAUGGAAGCCUUCAAUAUUGACAGCAACACAGGCUGGAUCAGUACCUUGAAGGACCUGGAUCACGAGACAGAUCCCGCCUUCACCUUCUCUGUGGUGGCCUCCGACCUGGGAGAGGCCUUCUCUCUUUCAUCCACGGCUUUGGUCUCUGUCAGGGUGACAGAUAUAAAUGACAAUGCACCAGUCUUUGCCCACGAGGUGUACCGAGGGAAUGUGAAGGAGAGCGACCCUCCUGGAGAGGUGGUAGCCGUGCUCAGCACAUGGGACAGAGACACUUCCGACAUUAAUCGCCAAGUGAGCUACCAUAUUACAGGAGGGAACCCCCGAGGAAGGUUUGCUCUGGGCCUGGUGCAGAGUGAGUGGAAGGUCUAUGUGAAAAGACCUUUAGAUAGAGAAGAACAAGACAUUUACUUCCUCAAUAUCACUGCUACCGACGGGCUUUUUGUCACACAGGCCAUGGUAGAAGUGACUGUCAGUGAUGUGAAUGACAAUAGCCCAGUGUGCGAUCAGGUUGCAUACACAGCAUUAUUUCCUGAAGAUAUUCCAUCAAAUAAAAUCAUCCUGAAAGUCCGUGCCAAGGAUGCCGAUAUUGGAUCCAAUGGAGAUAUACGAUACUCACUCUACGGAUCUGGAAACAAUGAAUUUUUUCUAGAUCCAGAAAGUGGUGAAUUAAAAACAUUGGCUCUUUUGGACCGGGAAAGGGUCCCCGUGUACAACCUGAUUGCCAGGGCCACUGAUGGUGGUGGCAGGUUCUGCCAAUCUGACAUCCACCUGAUCCUGGAGGACGUGAACGAUAACCCCCCUGUGUUUUCUUCCGAGCACUACAAUGCCUGUGUCUAUGAGAACACGGCCACCAAGGCUCUCUUGACCAGAGUUCAAGCCGUGGAUCCUGAUGUUGGCAUCAACAGGAAGGUGGUGUAUUCCCUGGCCGACUCUGCCGAUGGCUUCUUCUCCAUCGACAGCUCAUCAGGCAUCAUUAUCCUAGAGCAGCCACUGGACCGAGAGCAGCAGCCCUCCUACAACAUCAGCGUCCAGGCCACCGACCAGAGCCCCGGCCAGGCUCUCUCCUCUCUUGCCACGGUCACCAUCACUGUCCUGGACAUUAAUGACAACCCCCCUGUGUUUGAAAGGAGGGACUACCUGGUGACGGUGCCUGAGGACACCUCCCCUGGCACCCAAGUGCUUGCUGUUUUUGCCACCAGCAAAGAUAUUGGCACAAAUGCUGAGAUUACAUAUCAAAUCCGGUCUGGGAAUGAACAAGGGAGAUUUAGAAUCAACCCAAAGACAGGGGGUAUUUCUGUCUCUGAAGUGCUGGACUAUGAAUUAUGCAAAAAGUUUUACCUGGUGGUGGAAGCCAAAGAUGGGGGCACCCCAGCUCUCAGUGCCGUGACCACCGUCAGCAUCAACCUCACGGAUGUGAAUGACAACCCUCCCAGGUUCAGCCAAGAUGUCUACAGUGCCGUCAUAAGUGAAGAUGCCUUGGUCGGGGACUCUGUCAUUUUGCUAAUAGCAGAAGAUGUAGAUAGCCCACCCAAUGGACAGAUUCAUUUUUCCAUCGUGAACGGAGAUCGGGACGAUGAAUUUGCUGUGGAGCCUGUCCUGGGACUUGUAAAGGUUAAGAAGAAAUUAGACCGCGAACGGGUGUCUGGAUACUCCCUGCUCGUCCAGGCAGUAGACAGUGGCAUUCCUGCAAUGUCAUCAACUGCCACCGUCAACAUUGAUAUUUCUGAUGUGAACGACAACAGCCCGGUGUUCACCCCUGCUAACUACACUGCUGUGAUUCAGGAAAACAAGCCAGUAGGCACCAGCAUUCUGCAGCUGGUGGUGACAGACAGAGACUCCUUUCACAAUGGGCCUCCCUUCUCCUUCUCUAUUCUGUCGGGAAAUGAAGAGGAGGAGUUCAUAUUGGACCCACAUGGGGUCCUGCGGUCAGCUGUGGUCUUCGGGCACACGGAGUCUCCGGAAUAUGUGCUGUGUGUCCAGGCAAAAGACUCCGGCAAACCGCAGCAAGUUUCUCACUCCUACAUCCGCGUGCGGGUCAUCGAAGAAAGUAUUCACAAGCCCACAGCCAUUCCCCUGGAAAUUUUCAUUGUCACCAUGGAGGAUGAUUUUCCUGGUGGGGUCAUUGGGAAGAUCCAUGCCACAGAUCAAGACAUGUAUGAUGUGCUCACGUUUGCCCUGAAAUCGGAGCAGAAAAGCUUGUUCAAAGUGAACAGUCACGAUGGGAAGAUCAUCGCCCUGGGAGGCCUGGACAGCGGCAAGUACGUCCUGAACGUGUCAGUGAGUGACGGCCGCUUCCAGGUGCCCAUCGAUGUGGUCGUGCACGUGGAGCAGCUGGUGCAUGAGAUGCUGCAGAACACCGUCACCAUCCGCUUCGAGAACGUGUCCCCUGAGGACUUCGUGGGGCUGCACAUGCAUGGCUUCCGGCGCACCCUGCGAAACGCGGUCCUCACCCAGAAGCAGGACAGCCUGCGCAUCAUCAGCAUCCAGCCCGUGGCGGGGACCAACCAGCUGGACAUGCUGUUUGCGGUGGAAAUGCACAGCAGUGAGUUCUAUAAGCCAGCCUACCUGAUCCAAAAGCUGUCCAACGCCAGGAGGCAUCUGGAGAACGUCAUGCGCAUCUCGGCCAUCCUGGAGAAAAACUGCUCGGGGCUGGACUGUCAGGAGCAGCACUGUGAGCAAGGUCUGUCCCUGGACUCCCACGCACUCAUGACCUACAGCACGGCUCGCAUCAGCUUUGUGUGCCCACGUUUCUACAGGAAUGUGCGCUGCACCUGCAACGGAGGACUGUGCCCGGGGUCCAACGAUCCUUGCAUGGAGAAGCCAUGUCCAGGGGACAUGCAGUGUGUCGGUUAUGAAGCCAGCAGGAGACCAUACCUCUGCCAGUGUCCACCAGGGAAGCUCGGAGAGUGCUCAGGGCACACUUCUCUCAGCUUUGCUGGAAACAGCUACAUCAAAUACCGGCUUUCUGAAAAUAGCAAAGAAGAGGACUUUCGGCUAGCUCUGAGGCUGCGAACUCUGCAAAGCAACGGGAUUAUAAUGUACACCAGAGCAAAUCCCUGCAUAAUUCUGAAGAUCGUGGACGGCAAGCUGUGGUUCCAGCUGGACUGUGGCAAUGGCCCGGGAAUCUUGGGCAUCUCGGGCCGCGCCGUCAACGAUGGGAGCUGGCACUCGGUCUUCCUGGAGCUCAACCGCAACUUCACGAGCCUGUCCCUGGACGACAGCUACGUGGAGCGGCGUAGGGCGCCCCUCUACUUCCAGACGCUGAGCACCGAGAGCACCAUCUACUUCGGGGCGCUGGUGCAGGCGGAUAACAUCCGCAGCCUGACCGACACGCGGGUCACGCAGGUGCUGAGCGGCUUCCAGGGCUGCCUGGACUCGGUGGUGCUGAACAACAACGAGCUGCCGCUGCACAAUAAGCGCAGCAGCUUUGCGGAGGUGGUGGGCCUGACGGAGCUAAAGCUGGGCUGCGUGCUCUACCCCGACGCCUGCGAGCGCAGCCCGUGCCAGCACGGGGGCACCUGUACCGGCCUGCCCUCCGGGGGCUAUCAGUGUACCUGUCUCUCACAGUUCACCGGGAGAAACUGUGAGUCUGAGAUCACAGCCUGCUUCCCAAACCCCUGCCAGAAUGGAGGCUCCUGCGACCCAAUAGGGAACGCUUUCAUCUGCAAUUGCAAAGCUGGGCUCACUGGAGUCACGUGUGAGGAGGACGUGGACGAGUGCGAGAGGGAGGAGUGUGAGAACGGCGGCGCCUGCGUCAACGUGUUCGGCUCCUUUGUCUGCAACUGCACGCCGGGCUACGUGGGCCAGUACUGCGGGCUGCGCCCCGUGGUCGUGCCCAACAUCCAGGCCGGCCACUCGUACGUGGGCAAGGAGGAGCUCAUCGGCAUCGCGGUGGUCCUCUUCGUCAUCUUCAUCCUGGUCAUCCUCUUCAUCGUCUUCCGCAAGAAGGUCUUCCGCAAGAACUACUCGCGCAACAACAUCACGCUGGUGCAGGACCCCGCCACGGCCGCCCUGCUCAACAAGAGCAACGGCAUCCCGUUCCGCAACCUGCGGGGCGGCGGGGAUGGCCGCAACAUCUACCAGGAGGUGGGGCCCCCGCAGGUGCCCGUGCGCCCCAUGGCCUACACGCCGUGCUUCCAGAGCGACUCCAGGAGCAACCUGGAUAAGAUCGUGGACGGGCUGGGCGGCGAGCACCAGGAGAUGACCACGUUCCACCCUGAGUCGCCGCGCAUCCUGACCGCCAGGCGCGGUGUGGUCGUGUGCAGCGUGGCCCCCAACCUCCCCGCCGUGUCGCCCUGCCGCUCCGACUGUGAUUCCAUCCGCAAGAAUGGCUGGGAUGCAGGAACCGACAACAAAGGGGUUGAUGAUCCGGGAGAAGUGACCUGCUUUGCAGGCAGUAAUAAAGGCAGCAACUCUGAAGUUCAGUCUCUCAGCUCCUUCCAGUCAGAUUCUGGCGACGACAAUGCAUCCAUUGUGACUGUCAUUCAGCUUGUCAACAAUGUAGUUGACACUAUAGAGAAUGAAGUGUCUGUCAUGGAUCAAGGACAAAACUACAACCGAGCCUACCACUGGGACACCUCUGACUGGAUGCCCGGAGCCCGCCUGUCGGACAUAGAGGAAGUGCCCAACUAUGAGAACCAGGAGGGAGGGUCUGCACACCAGGGCAGCACUCGGGAGUUGGAGAGCGAUUACUACCUGGGCGGCUAUGACAUCGACAGCGAGUAUCCACCCCCCCAUGAAGAGGAGUUCCUGAAUCAGGACCAGCUGCCCCCUCCCCUGCCAGAGGAUUUCCCAGACCAGUACGAGGCCCUGCCCCCUUCCCAGCCCGUCUCACUGGCCAGCACCCUGAGCCCGGACUGCAGGAGACGGCCUCAGUUCCACCCCAGCCAGUAUCUCCCUCCCCACCCAUUCCCCAACGACACGGAUUUGGUGGGCCCGCCUGCCGCCUGUGAAUUCAGUACUUUUGCCGUGAGCAUGAGCCAGGGCGCAGAGACGGCCGGCCCAGCAGACAGCGUGUCUCUAUCCUUGCACAAUUCCAGAGGCACCUCGUCCUCGGAUGUGUCGGCCAGCUGCGGCUUCGACGAUUCCGAAGCAGCCAUGAGUGACUACGAGAGCGUGGGCGAGCUCAGCCUCGCCAGCCUGCACAUUCCUUUUAUGGAGACUCAGCACCAGACCCAGGUGUAGACGGCCGCGGGCGCCGUAGCCCUGUCUGUGGCUGAACUGCGGAAGGAGGCUGGCCGGGCUCGCGUCUCCGCGGCCUGCAGCCGGAAAGAAACACGUUGUUUGCCGCUGGGAACUUCUUCACAAGUCCUGCUGUCACGGGCAAGCUCCACUCCAGCUGGGCAGAAAGAAAGGCUCCGAUUGUUUCUUGGGGGUGAUGGAGAGCCUUGCAGUAGGUACCUGCGUUCACAGCCAAGACCGGGCACCAAGUUUCUACAGGGCGAAUCAACUCCACCCGUUGGGUUAUACAGCCUAUCUUGUAUGGCUUUGUGCAGUGUUUGGGACCUGGAAAGGGUUACGGCAGAGCCGGCAGUAUUAACGACUGGCAAGCAGAAAGAGGCAUUGUUGCAUGUAAUUUUGAGCCAAUGGGGGGUGGGGGGUUAAAACAGUAGUUAUGAUGGUCAGAAAAGUUAGUCUCUUAGGCAAAAAAAAGAGAAACAAAUAUUAAAUAAAUAAAAAAACAGACAAGAAAAUGGGCUGAAGCCUUUAAAAUCAACUCUAUUUUUCUUUAAUAAGCUGUCCAAUUUUCAGCUAUAAAAUUAGGUUUGGGUAAUAUGGUUUGUAUGCUUAGUUAUUUUUGUUUGUUUGUGUUAAGCAUCCAAUAUAAUAUAGUUGGGCUUUAUGAUCUUUGAGAAGGGUAUCAGUGGAGGGAAAUAUGAGGAUAUGUGGGCUCGCUUUUGUGGGUUGGGGAGAAGGUUAACAGUGUUCACACAUUAGAAAGAAUGUGAUUAUCUGUUUUGUGUUUUCCAGAAAUAUUCCUGGCUCUCGCUACAAUUUUAAUAUUGCUGCAGACAUUGGCCUUUGUUCUGAGAAUCAGGGAAGAAAAAGAAAAAACGAAAGACAAAACACAAACAAAAGGUGUACUUUAGCGCAUUGUUCUCUAGAAUGAGAGGUAUUCAGAGGUUUAAGCAGAAUUCAAAUUCAGGAGGAAAAAGGGAAACAUCCUUCCAAAGUUUUCAGCUGGAUAAUCACAAUUCUUGCUAAUGCAGACAAAAAUCUAAGUGUUAUCCUAAAUUGGUAGCAUCCUCACUAUAAAUGCAAUUACGUUUGGAAAAGGAGAAAGUAGAUUAGCUCUUGUGUACAAAUUAUAAUAGUGCGUGUGUCUGGGCCUAUGUACAAAUACGUGCUUGCACUCAAUAAGGCUGCUCUUGAAGAAAGCGGACGCGAAGAGUUUAGGAUACAGAUCGUGUUGAACACCCUGCCAGCAAGGCAGGUCUUUCACUUUCUCCGAUCUCUCCAGUGUCAGAGAAACACAAAAUGCCAUAUUUUGCUCCGGUUCAGUUAACUUUAUUUUGGUACCGCCAUUUAUAUUAACUUAAAACAAAACUGUGCUUUUUAAAGAAUAAUAUUUUGUUAUCGUUUUCCAGAACUAAACUCUUAUUUGAAAAAUGUGUAAUGCUUGAUCACACCCUGGGGUUCUCCUCUCUUCUGACACGUGGGCUUGAGCCAUAUGAGUUUCCAAAAUUGACAGGAGAAUCAUUCCACCAGAAAUAGAAUAACCCAGUACUCGAAGCUUAAAGUUACCAAGUUGACGGACUUUCCUCUUUCGCUUCAAUCGGAUUAUGGCCACGUGCACAGUGGCCAUGGUAAAUAAAUGCACAUUUGCACUAGCUGCUUCAUGAGCAAAUCUCUGUGUCCACAGUUUCUGGUGACAUAUGGCAUUGGUGUGUCAAUUGUACUGUCCUGAAUCCGCAUAUCAUCCACUCAGACACAUCUUUAGUGGCUUCAGUUGUGUUUAGUAGGAGUCAGUGUUGCUGAAGUUCGUUGUAAAAAAAAAAAAAAAAAAAAAAAAAAAAAAAAAUUCCUUUCCAUUCCCAAGCUUCCGGAGUACAUGAGACACUUCACAGAUUCCUCGGCUUUUCUCCUCUUCCCGUCUCUUGGUCAGACCUACUCGUGGAGGCAUUAUCCGCACUGUGGUCUUGAAAUAAAUGAAUUUCACUGAGGCUGCUUUGGAGAACAAAGUCUUUGGUAUUUUUCUUAUAGAAGAAGCACAUUUGCAAGAAUCGCGGAGAAAACGAUGAACUAAUGGUCUAGAAUAGAAUCACCGCUACACUGUUAAUAACGCAAUGACAUAAAAACCAUCAAAGUAAAACCAACAAUUCAUUUCUUGCCCCCAGGAAACAUUACAGCGACAUUAAUGCCGACGGCUCACUACUGCUUACCCAGCAUCUCCUCCAGGGAGAAUGCCUGACUGACACGGUAAUGAAGGAGUAAAUAGAUCUUAAUGCAGUCGUGAAGUCACCCAAGAAAAUUGUGCCCACUCUUUGCUCUGGCCUAUAUAAAAUACCUCUUUCUUCAGCAUAUCUUCCCCUGAUUCUCUGCAGCUAAAAGUAUACCAGACGAGCAUGUGUUAUGUUGUGAUUCAUUACCUUUAAACACAUGGCAUCUUUUCCCUUUGGGGAUAACUGGAUUUCCCUGUAGGUUACAAAAUGGUUUGUAGUUAGGCCAAUGUGGAAUUAGGUGGGGUGACUGCUGAUUCAAAGAGCAGGAAGGGUCCUUAAAAUCCCCUUGCCUAAGCCCUUGUUUUAUAAAAGAGGAAACAUGGCUGGAGAGGCGACGAGACUUGACCGAGCUCACGCAGGAAGUUAAGUAGCUGAACAGGGACUAGAACGCAUCAUUCUGCCAAGAUGCUUUCUAUAGAACACUGCUCACCACUAACCUUCCUGGGAUAUGGUAUCUGCCUGCUUCUGUUGACCUCCCACAAUCCUGCUUUGGAAUACGCUAGAAAAGAGAGUUCAUGGAAGCCUUAGGAUCUCCUGCUUGCUUGCAGCCCCCCUAGGAAAGAUGCAGUUACAGAAUUCACACUUUUCUUUGGACAUUUAUCAAAAUGCUGCUUUUACCAAAUGAAUGUUUUCUAAAGUGAAGCUGGAAUGAUAAUUACAGAAUGGAGCUCAGACCAGGCAUCAAUUAUAGUGAAACUUUGAUUAUAAUGUUACCUACUGGAUGCAUUUUUGUUUUUCUUUUUUCUUCCCCCCUACCAGUCCUGAUGUUUGUUCCUGCCCCCUCCACCAUGAUGAACCACAUGGAAAAUAUGUAAGCCAGGAAAUGUCUUUCCCUUUUUUCUAACAUGUAUGUGCUACCUCCUAGAAGCCAUUUUCCAUAGCCUGUUGUAGGCACUUUACCUGUAUUGCACACAUUCUGGUUAGGUUGAAAGCAGCUAAUGUCAUAGCAUUGUCAUAGCAGAAGCGAUGGGGCUGUAAAAGAUGAGUAAUGUACGUGUUCAUUUGCUUUCUUCUGCAAGUAUUUUGCUGCUGAGUUCCAAACCGUGCCAGCUUUCCGUUUACUCACGUCCUGCCCAUUCGUGAAAUGCCAUUGUCGAAGACCCAGAAGUAGCAGUAAGAGCAGGUCAAGUCUAUGCAUUUGAGGUUUACCCUGUCAGACAAUCAGUUUGAAGGCCUGGAAAGGGAAUUUAUGAUGCAUUCCUGGAACGUGUCUGGAGCCACCCUUGGGAGUCACCAGCGCAGACUGGGAAAAAGCUAGUAAAAGAUCUAUACCACUGGCCAACUCUUACUUCUUCCCACCCCCACCCCACCCACUGCCCCUACUAAUGCCGUGUCUACGUAAUCAAAGUCAGGGGACUUGAGAAAAGAGAUCACCACAGUGAAUCGCACAAGAUACAGAACUCACCUCCCUGGGAACGAAUUCAGGAAGAUGUAGCGUUCGUUUUGCAGGGGCUGUCCAGGUAAUUGUCUGUUUUUUCCCCACUUCUGCCCUCCCAGUGCACGGAUACUGCUAACAUGGUUAGGCUUUUAUGUUUCGUGUUUCUAGUCUCACACCAUGAGAAAUGGAGGUUCGAAGAGGCCCUACUCCAGAGUCCUCAUUUUGUGUGGUCUGUGAGAAGGCGGUUACGUGUUUAUGCUGGUUUUUGUCCCGCGACCUUCAACUGCACAUUAUUCUGGUGGAAAUCCACAAUGGCUUUAAGCUUCUGGCUGCGUAAUUCUAGGGUUUAGAGUCACCAUUUGUGGAUUUGGCAUCAGUUACUAUUUAGCCAGCUGGCUAAGAGGUAGGAAAAGAGUAAGAUUUUCUUUCCUUAUGUAAUAAUGAAAAGCAAUAAUUACAAGUAUGUAAUAAUACACAAAGGCCAUAAUUAGUCUCUUCCAGUGUUGGAGAUGCACUGGAGAAUCGUACAGUCAUUCGAAGCGUGUUGGGACCCAUUGGUAUGGACCGCAGCACCCUUCCGGCAAACAAAUACCUGAAUUGCUACUACGUAACAACUCUGAGCCCAUACUACUGCAUUUGGGGAGGUGACAAACAUGUUCAGGAAAUGGAAGCAGUUCUUUUUAAGCACUGUAUCAGAGAGAUUGUCUUGUAAAUUUACCUGUUACAAACAGGCUGGUUUGUAAAAGAUGUAUGUUUUGGUGUUUCAAAUGUUUAUAAAAUUGUAUAUAAUGGUUUCAAUUUUCCAGGCUUUUGUAGAUACUGUAUUUGAUGCCUAUCAGGAUGCUUUAAUUUCGGGGGGUCGAAUAUAAUUCUAAGUCACUCAUGCUGUUGGUCUGCCACUUUUGAGAUAACCACACACACACACACACACACACACACACACAGGAUUUUAGAUUUGCAAAUGAUGUUUUUUAAUCAUUUCAAAAUGUACUGUAACCUUUCUUUGGUUCUACUGUUUUCAUUUAACUUUCUCUGUUUCCAAGAAGAUGUUUGUAAUUGACAUUUUUUAAAACAAAUGUGUUUUGCCCAGUUACUAAAUACCUGAUUUUUACGUCAUUUCAAAUUCA